AUGUUGGAGGAUGCAAAUGAUUCACAUUGGAGAAGUCGAGAGCUACAGAAUGGACUCGAAGCCUUGUUCCCGAAGAGUCUGGACACUGUUCAGGGCAUCAUUGAAGAAAUCAGAUCAACACUGGAGACUCUCCAGAACGAGCUCGCCUGCUUCGAUGAGAUCGCACGGAUGAGUACCAGGAAAGAGGCCUUGAAAGAUACGAUCCGUCGUGUACGAGAGAAAGUCAAGAUCACAUGGGACAAGACGAGGUUCGAAAAUGAAAUAAGAAAUUUGCGCGAACUCAAUGACGACCUGCGGUGCCUACGCGAGCAAGCAGCGGAGAUCAAGGAGCCAGUCCUUCGAAACGCAUCAUGUUCGCGGCCAGCCCAGCAACUCAGUCAGGAAUAUGGCUCCAUCAGUAAAGUCCGCAGGGCAUCAAAAGCCUUCCACCAAGCUCUUGCUACUGCGUGGCUGAAGGAGCUAUCAGAGGCCAGGGUUGAAGAGAUGAGGCAUGAUGUCAAACUCAAGCUUCACACCCGAGUAGAAGACAAUGUCCAGAUGGAAGUCAUGAUUGUCUGUUACGGGCAUGCUUGGCCACCACCCACCCCGAUUCGAGCUGGGUUCAUGAGGCUUCAUGUGGAAUCUCGCCCUUUGGAUUUUAUGGAGUCGGGCCUCAAUACUCCGCCACACUCCGGAGAUGAUGAUCGUCGGAAGAAGCGCAAGGUCCAUUUUGACUUCUCAGACACGCAGGAAAUGUCGAAAAUAUCAACACCAGUAGUUAAGCGGCAACAUCCUAGUAUAGUAGAUCUCAGGCUUGCCGGGGAUAUUUGCACCGCACUACAAGUCAGGGACAGCGAUCCUUGCAACUCGAACUGCCUUGGCUACCUGGAUAGCUGCUCUAAUGAGACCUUCAGGCACAGCUUCUUCGGGAUGUCGACAAAGAAGUCCAUGACCGAAUCCACUUGUGUAUCAGGCGAAGAAAUUCUUACACAGCCAGCCGAGACCUCGGUCACCUUUGUCGACCAAUUGAGGCUUGCGCACAGCUUUGCCGUGGCCGUAUUGAAGUUUCACUCAACACCUUGGCUGAGGAAAUACGUCUCCCUCCAUGAGUUAUCGUUCUUCCGCUUUGAUGACGGCGACCUGUCUAGUUGUAUACGCACCGCCCACCUGGGAUCUGAUUUUAUCCAGGCAUCUUCUAGUGAGCACUUCUCAAUGCCGACCGAGGACUUGACGGACAAUAGAGCAAUUGAAGACGCAAAGCUCCUCCACGGUGUCCGUAACGUGACACUCUGGGGCUUGGGAACUGUGAUGCUUCAAAUCGGGACUUGGUCGAUGAUUAAAUCUCCCGACGAUGUGGUAGCAGUGCGACGCCUUGCCCAGAGGACGCCAAUGUUGGGAAAGAGGUAUAGAGACCUCACGAAACAGUGCCUAGAGUGUGAUUUUGCUUUCGGAGAUGAUCUGUCGAGGCCUCGGUUGCAACAGGCUGUGUAUGAGCAUGUUGUUUGCGGGUUAGCCGAGAUGAUCAACAGUCUUGAUAUUGACGAAGAAUGA